AUGGAGACCAUAAAUUUCAUUACCGGCAACAAGAACAAAUUGGCCGAAGUUCGAGCUAUAUUGGGCAGCGUAGUCAAUGUCGAAAACCAGUCCGUCGAUGUUCCGGAGAUCCAAGGCACAAUUGAAGAAAUAGCAAAGGAGAAAUGCAGACAUGCAGCGAAAAUUGUUGGAGGCCCAGUAUUGACCGAAGACACAGCCCUCGAAUUCCAUGCACUGAAGGGACUGCCCGGCCCAUACAUUAAGUCAUUCCUCGAGGCGCUGGGCCAUGAGGGAUUAAAUAAGAUGCUUGAUUCGUUUGAGUCAAGGGGCGCAGAAGCCGUCUGUACUUUUGCGUUCUCUCAGGGACCUGGGUCUGAGCCGAUUCUGUUCCAAGGAAGAACAGAGGGUGUGAUUGUUAGACCUAGGGGUCCCCCGAACUUCGGAUGGGAUCCAAUCUUCGAAUAUGAAGGAAAGACCUAUGCCGAGAUGACAAAGGAAGAGAAGAACAAGAUCUCUCACAGGUACAAGGCCCUGGUUAAGCUGCAGCAGUGGUUGGCUGAACAGUCGUCCUAA